GACGCGUUGAGGGAGAAGGAAUAUCCAAUGCUUCGAGACGAGACAUACCUGGAUCACACUGGUACCACUCUCUAUGCGCAGUCUGCUUUGACGAGUUUCAUGAACGAGAUGUCGAGCAAUCUGUUUGGAAACCCACACUCCGACUCACGAUCCUCCCGGCUAUCCACCGAAAGGGUUGAUGAGAUCAGGAAGCAAACAUUGGAAUUCUUUCAUGCCGAUCCAGAGCAUUUCGACCUGGUCUUCGUUAUGAACGCCACCGCGGCAAUCAAACUGGUUCUCGAGGGCCUCACUCAUCCGCCUGUCUCCGAUGGCCCUGAGAAGACGCUCAAGGGGCCCGGACUCUGGGUUGGGUACCAUCUCGAGUCUCACACGAGCGUUGUGGGUCUGCGUGAGCUGGCUGAUGCCGGACAACACUGCUUCAUGUCGGAUAGCGAAGUCGAGGCCUGGAUCCGGCCAAGACAAACCUCCAAAACGUUCCAGGUUGGUAUGUUUGCGUAUCCAGGACAAUCGAAUAUGACCGGACGACGGCUCCCUCUUCAUUGGCCGGGCCGUCUCCGACAAUCGGAAUACGCCUCUCACCAGAGGGUCUUCACCCUGCUGGAUGCUGCUGCACUCGCUCCCACUGCGUCUUUGGACUGCUUCCGGGACCCCGAUGGAGCCCCCGAUUUUACCGCCGUCAGCUUCUAUAAGAUAUUCGGAUUUCCCGACCUGGGAGGGCUGAUUGUGCGUAAGGGAUCCGCCCAGGCUCUCGUGCAGCGACCCUACUUUGGCGGAGGCACGGUUGAAAUGGUCACUUGCUCCGACCACCCCUGGCAUUCCAGGAGCCCAUCCCGCAUCCACGAAAUACUUGAGGAUGGAACGGUCCCCUUCCAUAGCAUCCUGGCUCUCGGGUGUGCCCUAAAAACCCACAAGCAGCUGUACACUUCUCAGGAGCACGUAUCUCACCACACCACUCGGCUUACGGCACACCUCUACCAGCUGCUCUCCUCCCUUCGCCACCCUAACGGCGUCAAAUUGUGCGAGAUCUACCAAGACCCAGCGGCGGAGUACGGCAACAGUACGACCCAGGGGUCCAUCGUCGCCUUCAACAUCCGCUCCGACGAGGGGCGAUGGCUCCGGCUCUCGCACGUUGAAGAGGCGGCCAACGAGCACCGCAUCCACCUCCGCACAGGCUCAGUCUGUAACCCCGGCGGACUCACAAAGCUCCUCCAGCUGGAUGAAUGGGAGUUGUUUCAAAACUACACGGCCGGGGUACGUUGCGGCUGUCGCAGCGUGCUUGUGGGGCACAAGCCUUCCGGCAUCAUUCGCGUGAGCCUGGGGGCGAUGAGCACCCUGAACGACGUCGAGCAUUUUGUAGGGUUCGUGCAUCAUCUGUUCGGAGCAGGCGCCUUUCCUCCGCUUGUGCCAACGCUUCCGUCCAAUUCACCUACUCCCAAGCAUCUUCAUGUACACACCUUGAUGAUCUACCCAAUCCAUGGCGCCGCAGCAUACACAAUCCCCGCGCAGCAGUCGUGGCAUCUCACCUCGACAGGACUGCAGUGGGACCGACAAUGGUGCCUGGUCGACCUGCAGACAGGCUCCGCCCUCGACCACCGCCAUGCGCCGCGACUCCUACUCCUCCAACCGAUGAUAGACGCCGUGCACGGCAUCCUGCGCAUUAGCGUGCACCAUUCGCUGCGCCGGCGCAACCCCAAACUACGGCAAUCGAUGGCUGUGCCCUUGCAUGACCCCGGUCGAGAUGUCCAGACACCCAAAGGCAAUCUCUAUCAGUGCCAGGCAACGAGCCUCAACAAGCUCGGUGGGCUCGGGGGCGGCACCAGCCUGCUCCGGCUAUUCCACUCGCCAGAUCUGGUUGCUUUCUUCACCGCGGCGCUCGGCGUCCCAUGCACGCUGGCCCGAUUU